CAGUGCACGGAGACGGACUCCUGCAGCCACGACAGGGACUGCUCCCGGCAGGAGAAAUGCUGCUUCUCGGGCUGCGCCAUGCGCUGCACCCGCCCUGCCCAAGAGCACCCCGGGCAGUGCCCGCGGGCAGGGCCGUGCUGGGAGCUGCGGCGCGGGCGGCAGUGCCUGGAUGACAGCGUCUGCCGGCGAGGGGAGAAGUGCUGUGACACCGGCUGCGGCCGCGAGUGCGUGGCCGUGACCACAGACAGCAGGGACAAAGCUGAUGGCCGGUGUGUGGAGGAGUGCCAGGCUGAUUCACAGUGUCCCCGGGGGCAGCGGUGCACCAGCAUCGGCUGUGGCCACGUCUGCAUGGACAUCCCUGGAGGCAGACUGGGAGUGUGUCCCACCCCCAGGGAGGGGGGCACGUGCCUGGACCUGUGUGACUUCGACGAGCAGUGUCCCUGGGGCCACAAGUGCUGCAGUAACGGCUGUGGCCACAUCUGCACACCAGCCUCUCUGCAAGAGCAGGACACUGUGGCUGUGCCCCAGCCCAGUGCUGAGCGCUGCUCGGAUGAGUGCGAGGCCGACUCUCAGUGUCCCUGGGGACAGAGGUGCUCCCGCACCUCCUGCGGCCGUGUCUGCAUGGACACUCCUGGAGGCAGAGCUGGAGCGUGCCCCGUGCCUGGGGGCGGUGGGACCUGCGUGGACCUGUGCAGCCUGGAUGAGGAAUGUCCCUGGGGCCACAAGUGCUGCAGCAAUGGCUGCGGCCACGUCUGCAUGCGGGUGCCUGGUGAUGCUGUGUGA